AUGGCUACAGAAGAGGUUGUCAAGUCUUUUACUAACGAGGUAAAUUAUUUUGUGAAACAUUGGUAUCUAUGAGGUUAAAAUAAGCUUUUACUAGAUUUAUUUGAUCAAAAAUAACAUUCUUUACUUUCUAUUUUUUAAAAUAAUUGUCUGGCUAGUAUUUUAUAGGUAGUUUAAAUAGUUUUACGAAAGAUUCUUUUAGUUAUCAUCGAUUAAAAAUGUCAAGUCGGCUCUCAGCAAGGAGAAGAUCAUCUCGAUCACAAAAGCAGCGAUGGGAGCUCUCAGAUACUAUAAACAUGUCAUAUAUGCAGUGGAAAAGUUUCUUACAAAGGUUGGUUAUGUUUUAUUAUUAUUUAUUUGGUUUUUAGGUAUGAAUUUGGAUUGAAAAUGGCAUAUCUGCUAAAGGUAUACCUAUCGCCUAUAACAUUUUUAAAAAAUAACCUUGAAAUUAAGGUUUUGAGUUUAAUUUCUAAAGGUUGAGUUAAAAUUUAAUAUUGAAAAUUUAGUGUAACGUCAAGUUGAAAAUCCCUGGGAUAUACAUUAUUGAUUCGAUCGUGAGGCAAGGCCAAAAGCAGUUUAAACAUAAAGAUGUAUUUGGCCCUCGAUUUGCUGUUAACCUAUUGCAAACUGUUGAAGGAGUUAUAUCGUCUUGUCCAGUGGAAGAUAGAGUAAAUUAAUAUACUUACUUUAAAUUAAUUGUUUCUAUAUAGGAAAAUAUUAUGUAAAGUACGGUAUUUUUUAAUUUGUUGUCAGUUUUAAGUAAAAGUUUUGAAGAUUUAACUAUAAUGAUGCACUUUCAGUUAAAAGUUGUAAGAGUGAUCAAUUUAUGGAGAGAUCAUGAUGUUUUUAAACCAGAAAUUACGAAUUCUUUGAUUGAAAUGUUUCGGCGACACAAUUUGGGUAAGAUAAUAUAUUUUUAUGCAUAUUUUAGAAAAAAUGUAUCUGUGUUAUAAGUAAUAUUAAUGUUUUUGAUUUAGAAACAGACGUAGCUCAAGUCGAAUAUAGAGUGAAAGGUUCUAAAGCGGAUAUGUCGAUUUACAAGAACUUGGGAGCUCCACAGAAGAAGCGUGGUACUCCUAGGACGCCACCGCCGCCAGUGGAUGAGGUAAGUUGUAUUAAGUUUUUUUUUAAUUUUUAGAAUUUUUUUAUUUACUAUAAUAUAAAUAUCAAACUUAAUUUUCUAUUUUUGGAUUGAAACAUGAUAUUUUUUUAAAAACUGUGGUAGUAAAGUAAUAGCUGAGGUGUUAUGAUCGAAUUUAAAGCAAAUUUACCUUUUUAGAUACUAAAUGGAAACGCAGAUGCUCAGACCUUGUCAGAAGUUCAGUUUAAUGAGUUGUUUAGUAGAAUGUACCCAACUUUGGCAGAUGGGUUAAACAAGGAUAAAGAAUCAUUAAAGAAGAGCUUUAAGAUCUUCCAGAGUAAAUUGAAAGAUUCUGUGGAGCGAGAAAAGGCUACUUCUGGUGGAAAUAUAUCUGUAAGUUUUUAAAACUUAUUGUUUUUGUGUUUUAGAGAUUGUUUCUUCUAAGGUUUUUGAGAAAGCUAAUGUUUUAAUUGAUAAUUUUGAUGAAACUAAAGGUUUAUUUUAUAACUUUAAAGUAUAAGAUUAGUUUUUGAGGAUUUCAGAAGCUCUUAACUAACACAUUUGACUAUUCUGAUGAAGAAGAUGAAACAACGGAAAGAUCUAAACCUGAAUCGAUAUCAAGAGAAAGAGUCGAAGCGUAAGUACUUAAAUACUUUGUUCAGGACUUUGAGUGACCUUUUUAAGGCAAUAUAUAACCUUUCUAUAAAAAUAACAAAUUUUUUGAUAUUGAUUUUGUAUACCUACAUGAAAGUAGUUUAGUGUUGCAUUAAGCUUACAUAAGAAUAGUCUGAUUUUACAUUUUCAGCCUGGCCAGAAACAUAUGCGAGCAGUCAGAGUUUGUGAGCGAAGUACAGUCGACAUUAAGUAGAGAUUCGAGGCGAUCGUACAGUAGAGAUGACAGGAAUUCAGAAAGGGAUCGAGGAUAUGACCGAAAUGUUAUUGUUAAUAUGGGAUCAGUUGAUAAGGUAAUAUUUUUAGAGAUAUUUUUAAUUUUUAGGUAACUCAAUUGAGGAUUUUUGUUUGGAAUUAGCUUCUUAAGUUUUAAAAUAUUUUUUGAGGGCUAAAAUAAGGUUGGAAAGAUUUUAUAGCGUUUAAAAGGUUAAGAUGGUUAGUAUACUUUAAUUAUUUCUCUUUAUGAAUUUUGUAAGGCAGUUUUUCAUCUAGAGCUAUACAUAAUAGGUAUAAGUAAUAGCCAAGAAAUUAUAAAAGAGCUGUUGUAAAGCUAAAAAUGUCAUUUUAGUCUCGAGAUUCACGCCGAAAAAGAUCAAGAUCACCGUCGAGAAGUGAAAGAGACCCCAGGAAGAAGAAGCAUCGUGAGAAGACUCCAGACAAGAAGGGAAAACGAAGAUCCAGAUCGAGAACUCCAGAAUCCUCAGCUGAUAAGGACAGAGAAAAGGAAAGGAAAAGGAACGGUCUUCCAACCCAUCCGAAGAGGGAUUGCCUUGUUUGUAAGCUUUAUUGUCUUAGGUUUUGUUAAUGAAAAAGUUGAGAAAAGGUUUAAAAUUAGUGUAUUUAGGUAAUAUUUAGUUUUUUUUUAUCAGUUUUUGAAAUUUUAAAGUUUUUUUUAAAAUUAUUGAAGGUCAGCAUCGAUUAAAUGUCAGCUUUAUGGCUAUUUUUAAAAUAUUUGUUAUGUUUUACUUACUCUUUUAUUUCAGUAGCAACAAGAACCUUAUGGUUUGGCCGUCUUCCAACCAACUGUACUGACCACAACAUCAAAGACGGCCUGAAAGUCUCCGGCUACGAACCAGAGAAGGUGAAUAUCAUUUCAUCUCGAGCUUGUGCCUAUGUUACCAUGCCUUCAAGACGAGCGGCUUUCAAAAUAAUGGAUAAGUACAAGAGAGACAUUAAGAUAUCUGACCGAUCAGUGAAAGUAGACUGGGCUACAGGAGUGGGAUUGCAAAAGAACGACCGGUUGAUGGAUUACUGGGACGCUGACAAGGGUUACGCGCAGAUUCCUUACUACAGAUUGUCGAAUGACAUUGGACAGCUGAUUCAGGGCAAUUUUAUUGAUGUGGACACGUUGCCAGGGAAUUUGAAGGGUAAGUUGGGGUAGAUAUUGGGUAGUUUUUGAGGUUUUUUAUGUUGUAAGAAGAGAACAGCUAAGUAUAAGAUAAAUGAAUGCUUAGAAGACUACUGGUAGUAUUACGACUAGUUAUUUUGAUGUAUUUUUGAUAAUAUUGUCAAUAUGACCUUAAUUUAAUAUUUCAGGCAAGUACCACUCGACAGGACCAGUCGAAUCAGACCCAAUUCAACCACCAGCCGACCCAGAUCAACAAAUGAUUGUCAACAUUCCAACUCCUCAAUCCUCCCAAUCUCAGCCCGUUCCUCCGCCAUUCCCACCCCUGCCCACCAACCCACCCCCGAAUGGCGCUCUACCACAACUUCCACAACAACUACAAGGAGCCUUUCCUAACCUCGGACUGGCUCCACAUCUUUUACAACCGAAUAUAUUGGCCAUGUUGGCUCAGCAACAAAAUUUGGAUCAGCUGGUAAGGAAUAUGAGGGUGAUAUUUCAAUAUUAUUACGCGUCGUUUAGGGGGGUACCCCCCCCUCCAGAGCCGAUCCGAAAAAAAAUUCCACAGGUAGGUACCUGUACGCGGAAAAACGAAAAAAAAAUUUUUUGAAAAAUUGGUCCACAGGUAGCUGAAAAAAAUUUUUUCGACCUCUCCUUCCCCCAGAGAAACACCGUAGCGACGUCCCUGUGGAAGGUGUAUAUUGAUUUAUGUUUUUGAAGGUGUAUAUAAUGUUCAUGCGAUUAGAAAUAGCAUUUUAAAUGUAGGGUUGGAUGUAUUAGGUUUUUUUGCUAUAACAUGCAAAUAUUGUUUUAGAUGAGUCAAUUCCAAACGAAUAAUUUGGUACCUCAACCGACUGGAGCACCUCCGCCAAUACCGCCAGUACAGGGUACGUUACAAUGGUAUUCUUUAUUAUUUGAAAAGAUAUUUCAAAGCUAUGUAAGAAUUUUGCUUAUAAAAAGGUUAAGUUUUAAAUAAAAAUUUGAAAAAUUGCAGCAGAACAGCCAGAAACCCGCGGCCCGCGCCCACCAUUUCCACGAGGAGGAGGACCACCAAGAUUCCCUAAUCAUUUCAACUCUCCACGAGCUGAAGGUCAGAACUUCUUCCGCGGAGGUCCACCUGACUUUAGAGGACGUGGCCGGGGCCAAUUCAGAGGAGGACGACCACCCUUCAGAGGAGGACCACCUCGAUUUGACGGUCCUCGACCAAGGUUCGACGGCCAACCCGACUUCUCUGGCAAUGCCAAUAUGAUGCCUCUAGGACAAGGUCCAAUGAACAUACCACCACCAGAUAUAAGUGCUCUAAUAGCAGCAGGCCUUCAGCUACCACCUCAUCUUCAAGGUCUGGCCUUGGGUCUUCCACCCAAUGUCAGCCUUCCUCCACCAACUCAAAUGCCUUCGGAGGAAGCAAUGAAUGUUCAGGACGACGAAAUGGACGUAGAUGAUCAUAAUGAAGACGUGAGGAACGAUGGGCAAGAUAAGGAUAGCUCGUUUAAACUAACUCAACAACAAAUUGCGAACCUAGUGGGAGUACCACCGCCAAGCAGCAAGCCUACUCUGGGACCACUACUGGCACCAAAUCCAGGAAAUGUACAAGACUUUGCUCGAGCCGCCAGGAUCCAGGAUAACAGCUUUUCAAAACGAAUGGGUAAAAGUAGAUUCAACAAUCCUGAUGAACGGUUUGAUCUUAAUGAUACGGCACAAUCUCAACUUAAUCAAGUGUUAUCACUGGAACAGACUCAGUACAUUCCGCCUUCGAAGGAACAGACGCUCCAAUCUCAGGAAUCAUCUCAAGGCUCUCAAGAUGGGAAUGGACAUUUCAAUGUGUUUAAAGGUGAUAAUGCUAUUGGAUCUGGCAGUAGCAGUGCUAUUAGACCAGGAACUGACAUUGGUUCAGGAAAUAGCGGUGCGAUUAGUUCGCAAGGUGAUAACAGAGCCCAUUCUGGGCCUAAUGACGCCAAAUCACCAGUAAAUGACGGUCAAGAACCCUGGUCACCUCACAAGGAGUCAGAUCUUCAACAUCAAGAAGCCACGACCCCAGUACGAGAGCCGGAAUCCGAAUUCACGGAAACCUCACAACCUCAAGAUACAACGCUAACUUCGGAAGCCCACUUCUCACCUCAACGAGAAUCACAGACAUCAUUCAAAUCAACGACGUCAGGCAAUGAGUAUCCAACUACAACAUCACCUCAAAACAUGGAUACUUCUAUUUCGCCACCAUAUGACCGAACCUCAGCUACACACGAUGCCGAAAGUGACGAUUCAUUUAAACAACGGCUGGGAUUGGCCCACAACGAUAGCUACGAAGAGAACCCCUUCCAAAAUGGCAGCGACGAAGAUAAUCAACCCAAAUCGCCGGAGGAAAAGUUCACGAAUGGUCAUAGCCCCAUGAAGAAUGUCGAGAAUCCGGCUACGGAGGAAUGA